UCUAUUUAACCCAUGCGCUGCCUUCUUCUUUCUUCUUCAAUUCUCUCAUAUCAUACUUCCAUUCCUCUACUGGAAACAAAAUACAGUUUACCAUGGAAGCUCAUCCAUCUUUGAAAGCCGCUCAAGAGGAAAUGAAGAAAGAAGCAAAAAGCUCGUAUUUUGAUUUACCGGCGCUGGAUGUUUCUGUUGCAUUUCCUCAGGCAACUCCAGCAGCAAACUUUCCUCCUUGCACUUCUGACUACUAUCAGUUCGAUGAUCUAUUGACUCCCCAAGAGCGAUCCAUCAGAAUGAAAGUGAGAAUAUUCAUGGAAAAAGAAGUAGCACCCAUAAUCACAAAAUACUGGGAGAAGGCUGAGUUUCCGUUUGAAAUAAUUCCCAAAGUUGGGGCUUUGCAUGUGGUUGGUGGCAGUCUAAAGGGGGAGUAUGGGUGUCCUGGUCUCUCCAUAACUGAAAGCGCCAUCGUCUUCGCAGAGGUUGCUAGAGUUGAUGCAAGCCUCUCUGUGUUCAUUUUGGUUCAUGAUUAUUUGGCAAUGCAUACCAUUGGAAUAUGUGGAUCUGAGAUUCAAAGGCAGAAGUAUUUGCCAUCCAUGGCCAAACUUCAAAGUGUGGGUUGUUGGGGUCUGACAGAACCGGACUAUGGAAGCGAUGCAAGUGCUUUGAGAACAACCGCGAAGAAGGUUGAAGGUGGUUGGAUCCUUGAAGGCCAAAAGCGUUGGGUUGGAAACAGCACUUUUGCAGAUAUACUCAUUAUUUUUGCUAGAAACACCACUACAAAAAAGAUCAAUGCGUUCAUAGUAAAGAAAGAUGCUCCAGGGCUGCAAGCUACUAAAAUAGAGAAUAAAAUUGGCAUGAGAGUUGUUCAAAAUGGAGAUAUUCUCUUAAACAAAGUAUUUGUACCGGAUGAGGAUAGACUCCCCGGUGUAAAUUCUUUCCAGGAUACAAAAAAGGUUCUUGCUGCUUCUCGUCUCAUGGUUGCAUGGCAACCUAUUGGCAUUUCAAUGGGUGUUUACGAUGUGUGCCACAGGUACUUGAAAGAGAGGAAGCAGUUUGGAGCUCCAUUGGCAGCUUACCAACUGGCCCAACAGAAGUUGGUAAAGAUGUUGGGAAACAUUCAGGGGAUGUUUCUGGUCGGUUGGCGCCUCUGCAAGUUGUACGAAACUGGUAAAAUGACACACGGUCAAGCUAGCCUGGGAAAAGCAUGGAUUACCUUGAAGGCAAGGGAAACUGUUGCUCUUGGUAGGGAGUUACUAGGUGGCAACGGAAACUUGGCUGACUUUCACGUCGGAAAGGCAUUUUGCGACAUGGAAUCAGUGUAUACAUUUGAAGGAACCUACGACAUUAACACCCUGGUGACGGGGAGAGAAGUAACGGGUAUUUCUAGUUUCAAACCAGCUCUUUUGAGCACAGGGAGUCGCCUUUAGGCCUAUAUAUCUCUGGAGUCCAUCAAAUAUAAUAAAAGUGCUAGGUCGGGAUGACCGUGUCCUACACUAAAAUAAAAAAUCAAAUUUACUUAUUA